CUUCACCACAACGCAGGCACCGCACAGCGUCCAAGGACUUUCAGUCUCCACCUCAUGACUCCUCCACAAUGGACUACAAUGCCGCAGAUCUGACCUCCGUCCUCAGAACCCUCUCCGCCUUAUCCAACCAGCAACCACCACCACCACAACCACCUGCUGCAGCUCCCCCAGCUCCCUUCCAGAACAACACCUCUCAAUCCCACGGACUGGAAGACGAAGAAGAUCCCUACGAACCCUCCGAAUCUCUCCCCCACAUUCCCAUAGCUCCAAUUUCCGCCCCAGCAUCAGCACCAGCAACAUCCCCCCAAACCGCAACCUCAUCGCAGACCCGAGCAGCACCACCACAACCACAAUCGCAACCACAACCACCCAACCCCCAUUGGAAUGGCACCCCCGAAGAUACAUCGACGAUCACUACAUGGCCCUCCGCCCUCCGCUACGUCAUGCGCACUGUGGCCCAGAACGAAUCCAUCCAGCAACGGAUCCGCUGGCUCAUGCAGCGCCAACACGACCACGAGAAACAAUGGUGGCAGGGCCGCGAGGCUCUCCUCAAGAAACAAGCCUCCCGAAGUGAAAAGAAAAAGGAACUUGAUGCCGUUUUACGCUCCGUCGGCGCCCCAGUCGACGAGAACAAACAAAUCUCUACAGCCGAAGAAGACCGCGCCGAACUAACCAACUACGACGCCAAAGUAUACAAAGCCUCCAAGCAAAUGUCAGAGGCCAUGGGGGCCGAGCUCCGCACAUUACGUAUCCCGUUCUUCUCUAUCAAGAAAGACCUCAUCUCCGAAUCGACUACUAAGACCCCAGAGGGAGCCAGAUCAACGAGUGGGAAUUCCUACGAUCCAAGCAAGCAAUUGCAAUUACUUCCUCUGUCACGUGAAGAAUUGUCCGCCCUUCAAUUGCGAAUGUUGGAGUUGCUGCAGGAUCUUUGCAGGGAGUGAUGUCUGAUGAUGUUGAUGCUUCGCCCGCGUGAUGUAGAAAACAGGACUGGACUGGUUCAUGGACGUGGGUGCCGUCCUGAAAGCUGUUACGGCAUUCCUGAGUGCCCGUGACGUGCAAUGUACCUACGCAAUGGCCCCGAGAUUGUAUCGCAAGUAGUAGUGACGCUGGGACUCUUCCAGCGCAACCACGACGGAUUGGGGCUGACGUUCUUGGCAUGCCAUCUCCGGCGCAGACAGCCUGUCAGCUGAACACACGGUGAAGAUCGUCCCUGGCAUCCUUCGCGCAGGGGAAGCCUACAUACUACGCGUCAUGUGCACUGCGCUCGGGUGGACCGAUGCUCUUGUAUGGACGAUUAUUAUUAUGUACACCCC